CGUCUCCAUUCUCCAGCUGCAGCGUUCGUCCAGCCAUCGAUCGCAGUCGGCCAUGGUCACCGCCGUCGUCGUCGUUCUAUGCCUGUGCGUUUUCGCGGCCGCUGGCCAUGGACAGCCCUACGAGGGCGACCUCGGAAGGGCCGACAAGGCCUUCUACGACGAGGUCAGGCAGCUGCUGAGCCUCGACCGGGGGCUGGCGCAGGAUGCACCGAUACGAGAACAACCGAGAGCAGCUGAUACAGCUCCAGCUGACACAGCUGCAGCAGACAAGCCUGACGUACCCAAAGCUGUGAAAAAUUGGCCUCAAGAAGCCUUGAAUUUGGGUCAGGUUUCAGGAGUAUCAGUCAACUCUGCCUUACAACCUGUCAUCUUCCAUCGAGCUGAAAGAGUAUGGGAUGAGUAUACAUUCAAUGAAACACACCAUUACCAGCAGAGUCAUUUGGGACCAAUCAGAGAGCACACCGUUCUCACGUUAGACCCACAGAGAGGAAAAGUGCUUGGCAAAUGGGGAGCAGACCUCUUCUAUUUGCCUCAUGGUUUGACUGUUGAUAGACACGACAAUUUGUGGGUUACCGAUGUAGCACUACAUCAAGCCUUCAAGUUCAAACCAGGAGAGUUACAGCCAACCUUGACUUUCGGUCAUAGGUUUGAUCCAGGAUCAGACACCAAACACCUUUGUAAACCCACAUCGGUUGCUGUAGCAACAACCGGAGAAAUUUUCAUAGCUGAUGGAUAUUGCAACAGCAGGAUCCUGAAAUUCAAUGCCGCUGGAGGAUUGCUGAGAGUGAUUCCAAGCCCCUCAGAGUUUCUGUCAUUGCAAGUCCCUCAUGGUCUUGCAUUGAUCGAGUCCAUAGACAGGCUGUGCGUAGCUGAUAGAGAAAACAGGAGGGUCACGUGUCCCAGGGCUGGGCUGUACAGUAUACAGGGCAAGAAGGAACCUGCCCUUACGAUCCAGCAACCUGAUAUGGGCAGAGUUUUUGGAGUUGCCGCAAGAGGCAACCUAGUGUACGCCGUGAACGGCCCUACGUCGGCCCUUUUGCCCGUCCAGGGCCUCACCAUAGACCCACAAACGGAGUCGGUCAUCGAUCACUGGGCGCCCGAAGAGGGUUUCGGAAAUCCCCAUGCAAUUGCCGUUUGUCCCAAUGGUUCAGCCCUUUAUGUGGCCGAAAUAGGACCCAACAGAAUAUGGAAGUUUGAGUUGGUACCACCGAAGAAAAAGUAA